AUGUCUGGAAAUCAGCAACUGGUAGCUCGUGGGACUUCCUGGAAUUACCUAGGAUAUAAUAUUCCGACCAUUGAGGCGCAUAUCGCGAAGCGAACAUUUGCCAAUUCGGUGCCUUACCUAGCCUCAGUGCUCGAAUCCCUCCCGCCGGAUUUCACUUUUCUCGAUGUCGGAUGCGGCCCGGCUAGCAUCACCAUUGACAUCGCCAGGCGCUAUCCUCUGGCUACUAUCCUGGCCAUUGAAGGCAGCCCGAACGUGAUUUCCCACGCCCGAGACGCUGCUCGAGAAGCGGAUGUUCACAAUAUCCGUUUCGCCUUGGGAGAUGCCUUAAAUUUGGCCCCCACAGCCAGCGAGCCCGGCUUCGAACGUGUAAAGGGCGGAUGCGAUCUUGCCCACACCCACAACGUCCUGAUGCAUACUACGAACCCGUCCCGUGGCCUAGCCGAGCUGCGCUUCGCGGUCAAGGUCGGCGGCUUCGUCUGCUGCAAAGAAGCCGAUAGGGGAUGCCUCACCUUGUGGCCUGAAAGCGUGCAGAUCCGCCGAACUUACGAAGUGAUCAGCGGAAUCGUGAAGGCCAAGGGGGGCGAUCCCUACGUUGGCAGGAAGCUGAAAGCAUAUGCAAUAGCGGCGGGCUUUGAGCUCAACGACGUUCGCGUAGGCCAGAUUCCCUGGGUCAUAUCCUCAAGAGACGAGCGCGAGCAGUGGGGUGGCUUAGUCGCUCGCACCAGCGCCAGCCCCGCGGCGCGGGCUCAAGUCGAGCGGGAGGCCAAGGAAAUCGGGCAGAGUAUUGAUCUCCAAGACUUACACAAGCACUGGCGCGUUUGGAUAGAAGAUAGCACGGCCUUCGCCUCUAUAAGCGACUUCUAUGUAGUCUGUGAGAAGACAACUCCCUGA